UUAAGUGCUGUGAACGAUUUCUGAGAUACCAAGCCUAGCUUAUCACUUUUUGAUCAAUGAUAAUUUUCAUUCAUUUUGAAUUCGCCAAUCAAGAUGUUAAAUUUGCUUUGUUACAUGGGGUAGUUUAAUUCUCUCGGUGGUUUUAACUUACAUAGACUCAGUGCUACUCUAAAGAAGCAAUAAUCUUCUCCAGAGUUUAAGUCUCUUCAAUCUACAAUUAAUUAAUCAGCCCAAAUAAAACUGCAUAGAUAAGAGGUAAUGGGAGAAAGUGAUUGGAGACCCUUUGUCUAUGGAGGGCUUGCAUCUUGCACCGCUGAAUGUGGGACGUUUCCAAUCGAUACCACAAAGACUCGACUCCAAAUACAGGGCCAGAAAAUAGGUGGCCAGCAUGUUAAGCUGAAGUACCGAGGGAUGGUGGAUGCAUUUCUUCAGAUUGCUCGGCAGGAAGGAUUUCGGGCGCUUUAUUCCGGAAUUUGCCCCGCAGUCCUGAGACAAGCAACCUACGGAACCAUUAAGUUCGGAACGUACUACACACUCAAGUCGGCAAUAGACCGCAGGGAGGAGGACAUUACAGUGAACGUGUGCUGCGCCGUAGUGGCAGGCAUGGUGUCCAGUGCUAUUGCCAACCCGACAGAUGUGUUGAAGGUGCGCAUGCAGGUGUUGGGAUUGCAGGCGCAAGGACUGAUAGGCGCUGCACAGGACUUGUACAGGCACGAGGGCAUCCCGGGCCUCUGGAGGGGUGUUGGACCUACAGCUCAAAGGGCUGCAGUGAUUGCUGCUGUGGAAUUGCCUGUUUAUGAUUACUGUAAACACUACUUCUUGCCAUACUUUGGGGACAGCGUCACCAAUCAUUUCACGUCGAGUUUCUUGGCCAGUUUGGGAAGUGCUGUUGCUUCAACCCCAAUAGAUGUUAUUAGGACCAGAUUAAUGAACCAGAGGAGAUUAAAAGCAGAGAACAUACAAAGUCAUAUUUACAAAGGAAGUGUUGAUUGUCUUGUUCAGACAGUUCGCCACGAAGGGUUCGCAGCAUUGUACAAAGGUUUCAUACCUACGUGGGUGCGCAUGGGCCCGUGGAACAUCAUAUUUUUCAUCACAUACGAGCAACUGAAGCGCUUCUAUUAAACGGUUUGUAACGAUCAGCUUUGUCGGUGAGGCCAAAGUACUUAGUGUCUAGAACAAACCAAAGCCUAUAGUUGUUAUUUAACCAAAUAGGAAAUAAUGUUACUUUAUUUUUAUAUUAGGCUUUAAGUCUAUAUUAAUGAGACAAAUAUCAAUGGAUUUGUUUUUUCACAUUACGUAAUCUGAUUGGCUAUGUUAUUUGUGGAAACCUUUUUAUCUGUCGACAAAUAAUUUAAUCAUUGUUGUUGUUAUUUGAUCUAAUUAUGUGUUUGAUUGCGAGAUAAAACAAUUAAAGCAAGCCAAACCGCUUUAAAUCCUAAAAGUUGGAUAAAUUAUCAAUAGUGAUCAUUAGUAUUAUACAAUUUUUUUUACAACAGUACAAGCUAGUUCAUUAUUAAAAAACUUGCAUCACGCGCAUUUUGCUCUAAAUAAGUCACAAAAAUGGUUUUAAUCUCAUGACAUCUUUUUAGAGGGUUUUUGGUUUAGCAGGUCCUACUAAGUACGGUAACAAAGAUUUCAUCAGUGGCACAAACCGCUUUAAAAGGUAGUAUUGUCCCAAAACGGACUCUUCCCUCUCCAUGAAAGCUUGUUAUCCCAAAACUUCCCUCCUCGUUUCUAUAUGUUACAUCAUUGCUCACUAAUAUAUUAUGUGAUAUAUUAUAUUAGCAAUGUUAACUUUAUCAACAUUUUUUAAAGCACAUAAUGAAGGUGAAGUCAACUUUUUCAUUGUGGCAUUUGUUUAGACAUAAGCAUUUUAUAAUGCAUUUAAUGAUGGUUAAUCUAUUUGCUACUUGAUUGAAAAGAUUUCACAUGAUCGUGUUUUCAAAAGGUAAAAAAAAAAAAAAAAAAAACAGGAAAAAACAAGUUCUUUGAUUGUCUCAUAUUUAUUUAUUUGCCUGUUGGGCAUUAAGCUUUAAACUAAUUGUGAGUAGAGAGAAAUGAGUGCCUUUAAGUUGCCAAGGAGAUGUAAACAAAAAAAAAUACUGAAUGGGUAUAAAGUAUUAAUGGCUUAACACCUUAGCUCUACAUUAUUUUUAAACAAUAAGUUAUUGUUAGUUCUGAAACAAAGGACCUUGUUAUGCUUGAUUAUUAUAAUAAUCUUUCUUACAUUAAUAUUUGAAUGAACGUUAAAAAUUGCGGCCUUAAAAAAGCGUAGAGUCAUUUAUUAUUCGGGUUUUGUUUCUUAAACUGAAACUCCGCCGGGUAGCUGAUGAAAUGCUCGGACCUCACCCCGUACUUAGGGAUGUGGUCCCGAACGUCGCGCCUACACUGCUCAAAGUUAGUUAAAACAGGUGUUAAAUCUUAACUUUAUUUUAGACUAUACAAAAUUCCACUCUAGUUACAUGAUUUUGAAAGUGAUUUUUUAAAUUUUUAUUUAUCGGUCUAAAAUGUAGUGUUAAAUCAGUGUCAUUAGUUCAAAUGAUCUAUAGUGCUUGGAUAUAUAGUUGAAUUAUUUCAUUUAGAAGUAACCCUAACUCUAGUGGAUUUCAUAUGAAAUACUAAAAAUCUUAUAAAUGUGUGUGCAGAAUUCAAUUUGCUAUCAAUUUGUGGUUUAUUUGAUAGAAUCUUUGCUAAAAAUAAUAUUCCUUGGUUAAAAAAACCUUAUUUAUGGCGUAACUAAAAAUUUUAUGUCUAAUUUUGUCCAUUUCCACUUACACAAACUCAAAUUUUAAAUCUUGUAAUGUGUGAUUUAAAAAAAUUCCCAAAUAUGAUACAAAAACAUGUCCGUACAAAACAAAAAGUUUGACCUCAUUCAAUGUGACAAUUUUGCAGUACUUGUGUUUCAAAUAUUUAUGACUCUGUCACACUCAAAGAACAUACAGUUCUACGACUGUUAAACUAAAAUGUAAACACAUUGCAAUACACUGAAUUUAUCCCUUCACAAUCUUCGAGCACAAAUACAAGUAUAGCAUUUUAGACAAGUAAGGCAAAUUAUCGUAGGGAAAAACAUUUUAAACUAUUUAAAAAAGUAAUUGUUAAUAAUUUAUCUAUACUAAUGCUAAAGAAAGCACAAAAUGUUUUCAUAAUUGUUCUAAACCAGCUGUUUUUCAUGUGAAGUGCAACCUGAGGCGAAAAGUUUCUAAUGGCUAUUGUGAUUAUUGUUAAUUUUAUUUAUAUGUUAUUAAAUAUUUUGAUGUUAGUAGAUGUCAAUAGUGUAAGAUUUAUUUAGACAUGUUUUAUAACUAUCUCUUGAACACGACUUAAACAUAUCAUUAGAAACUAAUUGACACUUUUCUGAUAGACACCUUAUACCUGCUUCUUAGAAGAUUCUUAUCAGUAUCACUGAAAUGCAGCAGCUGUUUUGGUCUUUUUAAUGUACAGUAGACUCCCUCUUAUUUGGACUCCUCGAGACCGAGGCCAGUUCGGAUGACAGGUUUUCCGGUUAAAUCGAAGUCCCCAAAAACUUGUUAAAACGGACCGUUUAAAUGAAUACUGUCACAGUAUUUGACUUAAAUUUAGGAGAGCUAUGUAUUUAGACAUGUGAUCACUGGUCUCAAAUCACAGUCGUUUCAGUACCGCCCACUUCCUGCCGAUCUAGUCUGGUUAAACCGAUGUGCUGAUAAAAAUUGUUCGGUUAAAGAGAUGUUUCUCCAAGUUUAGUCCGGUGAAACCAAUGUCCGGGAUCCUUGGUUGGAUGAUUUAAUAACAAGAGAUUGAUUAUAGUUGUUCUGUUUGAUAGAUAGAGUAUAAACCCCUGGUGAACCAAAACGGUUCCACAAAUUAAUGCAGGGCUAAAAUAUCAGUAAAUAAAACGUAAUGUAAAAUGCUCUAGCAACUUCAGUUGUUUAGAUUAAAGUAUUUUACCUCAUUGUAACUAUUAACUGUAACUAUAACUAUUGUAACUGUAGUUGAAAUAAAAUAUUUAGCAUUUGGUGGGUUAACCAAAAAAUUGGUUAUCCGAAACGGCUCUCCCCCCUUUAUUUUGGUUAACCGGGGUUAUACUGUAAUUCAAGUCAUGAUGAAUAUAAAGACAAUAGCAAUGGUAUAAGAGUUUGUUUUCCUAUAUACUGUGAAACCACUGGCCUUUACUUCUGUAAAAUAAUGUGAAUUUUAAAAUUAUUUCAUGUAUGAAAUGCCUGUAUUGGUUUUGAGAAUAUACAUUUUAUAUCCACUACUCUAAGAUAAACUGAGUGAUGUAACUGAAUGCAAUAUUUAAUAAUUCCAUCUCUAUUUACUUCUGCUUCAAUGUAGUCUUUACACUGUCUUUUUUCAGUAACUUGAAAUGCUGUGGCAAAUUAUCAGCACCAUUGCAUUUAUUAGUUAUUCUAUCAAUUUUAAUGCUACUUUGUAUAAAAGAUUUUAUCUACUAUUGAAGUUCCAAAAUAUAAUAAUAAGCAAUUUCAUUCCAGUAGUUCCUUUUCUGUUUUCUUCAAGACCACUUUUUAUUUCUGAACAACAAAAAACUGUUCUGCUAUAACUAUUUCUGCCCUAGGGGCUAAACAUGCUUUUUACUCCCUAAAGAGUAAAUAUGCUAUUUUAGACCCACAAUGCAUGCAUUAAAACGGCAUUUUUUGCUUCAGCAUUAUGAAAAAAGUAAAUAUUACCUUGGCAUACUCUUAGCUAGUCUCAAGUUAUUUACAAAAUUUAAUGACAAAUUCCUGUGAUUUUGAUUAAAACGCCCACAAUUCCACUUCUGUAUAAGUGUACCUUAUAUUUUUGAAUACAAACAAGCUGUGUUAAGCUUUCUGUCAACUUUGUUCUCAAAACAUUUUGUUCUUUAGUUUAAAAUGUUUUUGUUCUUUAUGAGGACAUAAGUAAGUAUUAAAUUAGUUACUCAUUAAAUUGUAUUUUAACUAACAUCUUUAAGUGGAACUAGUCUUCUUGUUGUGUGGUUAUGUAAACUGCAUUUAGUUAGUCUAAGUCCGGAGCCCAACUCCUUAAACUAAACCAAUAUUGUUAUGGUUAAGCUAAUGUUUUUAAGUUCUUUUAACCAUAUCGAUUUUUUAUGUUACGUUUAAAUUUUUAAGUACACCUUUUCUCCAAUUUGAAAACCAAUGCAUUUUCCAACACUUCCUACUUUAAAAAUAGAUGGCUUCUGUUAAAUAAUUAGGCUACUUUUAUAUCAGAUUAAGUUGUUGCACAAUAUGCUUUAAGCUGAUAUUUUUAUAAAUAUUUUUCUAACCAAACGAACUCCGCUUUCAGUAUGGAAGAUUAAUCAACUCUAAGAAAUUUAGCUGCCAUAUUGUUUUUCUCUUUCUCAGUUUUACUAUUGAUAGAACAAAUUUCGAGAACUGGUGGUAUUGCAGAAGCAAAGUCUUCCAAACUUUUGCAACUUCUGACUCGUUGGGAUUUUUAUUUUCUAUUCUAGUUAUAAACAUAAUUCAGUCUAUAGUUAUUUCUUGUUUAAAAUAUCAACAAAUCAAAUAUUUGACUACAUUGGCGUAACCAUUAUUAAUUUAUUAAGUUAACUAUCUACAUAUACUGUGAUUUAUUAAAUGAAGUAUUUUUGAUGUAGCAUAGAUAUGUACAGACUGUUCACAAAUAAAAUUAUUAUUCUUUAA